GAAAUGUCAAUCUGAGCAAGGGAGUCCCAAUAAUCUAAAGCAAUCUGUAAGGACCUGACCUUAGUCCAUCCAGAUCAAUAGAAGAAGGAGCCGCACAAGAGCCAGAGAGCGGAUCCUUCGCACUGGAAAUACUCGUCCUCCCCUCGGCCCUCAUGCUUCGCACACUCUGAGAAAGCAGUAACGAAAAGUGGAUUUUCCUCCUUCUCCACCUCGCUCGCUCCCGCCUCCGCCGCCGGCCGCCAUGUCCUUCCCGCAGCUGGGCUACCAGUACAUCCGGCCCGUGUACCCUCCGGAGCGCCAGGGCAUGGCCGGCAAUCCCCGGAGCGCCGCCGCCGCCGCAGCAGCCGCCGCGGCCGCCGCCGACCUCAGUCCGUCGGGGACGCUCUCCAACGUGCUGUCGUCCGUGUACGGAGCGCCCUUCGCCGCCGCCGCCGCGGCCGCCGCCGCGCAGGGCUACGGAGCCUUCUUGCCCUACUCCAACGACAUCUCCAUUUUCAACCAGCUGGGCGCCCAGUACGAACUGAAGGACGGACCCGGGGUCCAGCACGCCGGCUUCCCGCACCACCACCCGGCCUUCUACCCCUACGGCCAGUACCAGUUCGGCGACCCGUCCCGGCCCAAGAACGCCACGCGGGAGAGCACCAGCACCCUGAAGGCCUGGCUCAGCGAGCACCGCAAGAACCCGUACCCGACCAAGGGCGAGAAGAUCAUGCUGGCCAUCAUCACCAAGAUGACCCUCACUCAGGUCUCCACGUGGUUCGCCAACGCCCGAAGGAGGCUCAAGAAGGAAAACAAGAUGACUUGGGCGCCUCGGAACCGAACCGACGAGGAGGGCAACGUCUAUCCCAGCGACCACGAGGGCGAGGAGGGCGACAAACGGGAGGAUGAGGAGGAGAUCGACCUCGAGAACAUCGACACGGAGAACAUUGAGAGCAAGGACGACCUGGACGAGCAGGACGACCUGCAUUCGGAACUCAAACUCGACACGAGGAGCGACUCGGAGGGUUCGGAGGGUUAUGAGGAUUUACCCGAGCAGAGGUUUCUCAAAGCGGGCCUGCACCACCACCAUCACCACCACCACCACCACCUGCAGAUCCACCACCGCGGCUCCUCCCCGCUGGAGCUCAAAGUUGACGGGGACAAACUGAACUCGGGUCCGGUCAGCUCCCCGCCUUCUGAGAACAGUCAAGCUCCGGCCCAGAAACCAAUCUGGUCGCUGGCGGAGACGGCCGCGGCCCCGGACAACCCGCGCAAGUCUCCGCACGUGACUGCCGCCCCCGGUGCGCCCCACCAGCAGCACGGCCUCAUGGCCCCGCACAGACUCAUCGCGUCGUGUCCCGCAGUGGGGAAAAUCCAGACGUGGACGAACCGAGGCUUCUCGGCGCACCACCUGGCCCUGCUCAACUCCAACCACUACCUGGGCCUGGCCAACCAGGCCGGGGGCGGCCUUCCGCUCUAUGGAGGCGGCCGGCACACAGAGGACAGCAAGGCGGCCGGGGCUGGGCCCGGGGCCGGGGCCGACUCUGCGCUCACAGGUACCGGUCCGCGACACUGAGAACCACCGCGUGUUUGUGGACUCGCAAAACACUCCACGCGCGCUUCCACUCGUUUCCCCCCCCCCUUCCUUUUCUUUUUUAACUGUCCCUUUUUUCGCCUGGCGAUGGAUCCCUUUCUCUGUGGGCCACACACAGUGCGUGCGCGUGCGCGUGCGAAGGUGCAGGCCACAAAGCAUUUAAAAACAAUCAUAAUAAUAUUAAUUACGUCCCUAGCUUUAUUUUCAUUUCCACGCACUAUGCUCCACUUUUUAAUUUGUUUUUUUAUUUUGUCAUAUUGUACUUUACAACGUACGCCAGCAACAGUCCAAUGCAUAGAUAUGUUCUAAUAAUGGGCAGUCAUUACAAUUUCAUAUUUUUGUGGCCGCUCAAGAUGGAAUCGUUAGUGCCUUUUGGCUGCACGGCAAAAAUGUUUUGUUUUUUCUCAGCUGUAGAAAUAAUGUCGAUUCAUUCACAUCUUAUUUUACAAAUUUUAUUUCUCAUUGUUCCAAGGCAACUGCCACUGUGUGUGUUUUUUUUUCGAAUUCCCAGGCCUCUUCUUCUGCUUCUUUUUUUUCUUUCAAUCUGAAUAUGGAAUGUAAAAUAAAUAAUAAUACCAUCUGUGUAUAGCUACAUUGUAAGCAUGUCCUGUGUAAAAAAAAAACUUGCUAAUGUAACAAUGUAUGAACUCUGUGUAGUCUUUUUUUCUUUUUUUUUUUUGCUUUCCCCCUUUUCUUUUUUAUUUGUAAGGAUUUGAUGUUGUUAUUUUUUUGUAUAUAAAGUUAAGAAUAUGUACAUACUUGUGAACCAAAAUUGUACAAGAAAAGUCUCUAUUUUUGGCUAAUAAUAAAUGAAUUGCUGCAACUUUAAA